UAAAUAUAGAAAAUGAGGACAUUAAUUCACGUGAAGCAUGAACAAGAAAAAAUGUAUGGGGGUGUAAUCUUUCAUUCAAAAACUAUAAGGCUUGGUCCGCAAUAAACAUAAAAUAUUGGGGCUGUAUUUAUAUAAGAAUAUCUUUCGACUCGACUUGGUUUAGAACAGUCGCCCGUCUUUUGGUCAAUCGCCGGCGAGAAUGAGGCGACUGACUCAUCCUUUCACUUCGGCGAGGAAUUUCGUCGAACACUUGCGAUGCAUCUCCUUCUCCUUCUGCAAGUCCAUCUCUUCCCUUUCGAUCGACCCGAUUCGCCGACCCGACACCCGAGAAGACGACCCGACCCACGACCCGUAUUCCCUUCUCAGAGAGGACCCCAUCGAUAUCUGUCUCUCCCUCUGGGUCAAAUCUUUCGCCUCCCCUUCUUCUGCAACUUUCUCCAAUCUCUCCGGCUUCCUCUCCAAGUUCGACUUAUGGGUCCUCGCCUACCAGCGCGCGUGCGCUCACGUCACCGGCACUUUCCCUCCUCGCAAUGCCAUCCAAUCCAGCGCUCUCCACGCGCUACUCUCUCUGCAACGCGUUGUCACGCGCGGCAGUGGCCGAUUCCCGUGGGAUGAUAAGCUGAACCAGAUCGUGCGGAGCCCGAACGAUAGAGCAUCGGCGAAUGGAGGAAAGCCCUUGUCGAGAGGGAAGCUAAAGAGGUUGAUGGAGUCGGAAGAACCGAUUUUUCAGGACAGGGUGGUUCAGGAGGUUCUGCUGAUGGUGCUCGAGCCGUUCUUCGAGGCGAGAUUUUCGGGUAAGUCUCAUGGGUUUCGUCCUGGUAGAAACCCACAUACUGUGAUUAGAACCAUCAGGAGCAAUUUCGCUGGGUACUUGUGGUUCAUGAAGGGUGACGUUAGUGAGCUGUUGGAUCGUGUGGACAUUGAUGUGGUGACGAGUUGUGUUGAAAAGGUUGUCAAGGAUAGGAAAGUCAUAGGCUUGAUCAGAUCUUCUCUGAAAAUGCCCGUUAAGAAAGUGUUUGAUGGCGCUGAUGAUGGCGGAAAAGAUGAUGGAUUGGGAGCUAAAAGGAAUAAGAGCCGUGAAAAGAGGAACAAGACUAGAAAGAGAAUUUUGAAUGAGGAUGAGCCAAAACCAGAUCCUUACUGGCUGAGGACUUUCUACAAUUUUGCUCCUGAAGAGGCUGGGAAGGUGCCCUCUUAUGGCUGUUGUGGCAUAUUGAGUCCGUUGCUUGCUAAUGUAUGUCUUAAUGAGUUGGAUCAGUUCAUGGAAACGAAGAUAGUUGAGUAUUUUAGACCUUGUAAGAACGAUUCCAUCUGGAAAGAGUCCAUUGACGACGGUUGUCACAACCCAUCGUGGCCGGAGUUUGUUCCAUCAAGUGGUAAGGAGAAAACCAGGAAAAUGGAUUACAUUCGGUACGGAGGCCAUUUCUUAAUUGGGGUUAGAGGGCCUAGAGAGGAUGCAGUUCAAAUCCGAAGGGAAAUAAUUGAGUUUGUUGAGAGAAAUCUAGGUUUAAAACUGGAUAAUUCGAAGAUUGAAAUUGAACAUAUUAGCCGGGGUAUUCAUUUCCUAGACCAUAUAAUUUGCAGAAGAGUUAUUUAUCCAACUCUACGUUACACAUCAAGUGGAGGCAACAUUGUUAGCCAAAAGGGCGUGGGAACUUUGCUUUCGGUGACUGCUAGUUUAGAACAAUGCGUCCGUAAAUUUAGACGGCUUGCAUUUGUGAAGGGUGACAAAGAUCCCGAGCCUUUACCUUGUAUUCCGAUGCUCUAUUCAAGCCAGUCUCAUACCAAUUCUCAGAUGAACAAGUUUCUCGAAACCAUGGCUGAUUGGUACAGAUAUGCAGACAACCGCAAAAAGGCUGUUGGGUUCUGUGCUUAUGUUGUCAGAAGCUCUCUGGCUAAACUAUACGCUGCAAGGUAUAGACUGAAAUCCCGUGCCAAGGUGUACAAAAUCGCAUCACGGGAUCUUAGCCACCCAUUGAGGGAGAGUAGCAAUAAUGCUGCACCUGAAUACUCCGAUCUUCUGAGAAUGGGACUAGUUGAUGCUAUUAAAGGAGUUCAGUUCUCUCGUAUGUCUUUGAUUCCGUCUUGUGAUUAUACUCCGUUCCCUAGGAAUUGGAUCCCAGAGCAUGAGCAGGUUUUGCAGGAGUACAUUAGACUACAAGAUCCAAAAUUCUUCUGCGAGUUGCAUAGAUCGAUUAAACGUGAGGGCCUAGCCUUGCCUCAGGACGAGAUAUCGGAGAUUUUGUGGGAUUUCAAGACCCUUGGUGCUCGAAGACAUACAUAAUUACAUACGGUCGUAGGAAAGAAGCAGAUAACAAUUUGGAGAAAGUAGAUCCAUCACCAUGACUUGUUUUUGAAGUUUGGGUGUGAGAGAGAUAUCUGAUUCCAGAAGGUAUAGUUUCACAUUAGGAGGAACAUCGUAAGAUUCAUAACUGAUACACAAGAGCCGACCAAAUAGGAAACUGAUCACAUGGAGAAACCAUUUCACGUUAGAGUGGUAUAGUUUCACGUUAGGGGUACAUCAUACCUGAGAGUUUUGGUCUGGAGUUCGUGGCAAACAUUGUCGGUUCACAAGGGGGUUUAGGGUUUAGGGUUUAGGGUUUAAUCUUCGUUACCCGAACAUACCGGUAUAUUCAGUAACCUUUAGCAUUGCCUAGCCUCUCGGGUGAUGUCAGCAAGAAUGAAGAAAGGAUGGUGGAAGAUGUUUGAAGAGACAAUCAAGGAAUCUUCUUCUUAAUUGCAUUCAGGCCAGUGAUAUUAGAGAACGUGAUCUUCCCGGGAUCCUGCUUGUUGAUGAAGAUAUCGUGAACGGGAACCCAAAUCAUGAGCUCCUUCGCCUUGAUUCCGGUAAGUCUCCUCAGCCUACCGUCCUCGACAAAGGCCGUGAUCUCUGUGUCAUACGAUACUUUCCGGCCUAUUGCUCGGAAUUUAUGCUCAAUCUUGUUUCUCAUCUUCAACCACACAAAACCCUUUGUUUUAUUAUACCCAACUUCUUCCAAAUCCUUCAAUGGCAGAAGUCCUUUGGGCAAGUUAAUUAGGGCUAGAAGCUCCUCUGCCUUUUCCUUACAGAGAAUGGGUUCACUGUAUAUCUCUACUUCGUCACUCUCCUCAGUUAGAAUCUCCAUUGCUGCUGCCACUUCCAUUGAUAAAUCCUUCUGGUUCUUGCCCUAAAAACCCGAAAACCCUUCUCCGGGCCUAAACCGAUCUGUUUCUCCGCCCAGGAAAUGAUGGGUAAUGGCCCUUAUAGAAGGGUCUUUGAGUCUAAUAAAGGUGUUUUAGAGUUCUGGAAAAUGGGAAAUGAGAAUUGUAUGGUGAUUAUUUUCAGGCGCAGAUCAAUGGAUGGCACCACAAUUGUGUGGUGUCAUAACUGAGAAUUCUUGGGAUGAUUUCAUACACUGGCAAAUUGCUGAUUAUGUUGAUUUUGAUUGUGAUUUUGAAAUGAUCUGCAGAUCUGAAAUCA